GGCGCGUUUUGGAGUGUCUACAUGUCAACAAGCACGAGUGGAAGAGGCCCGACUUCAAUGAAAAACAUCUAAUGCAUGAAUAUAAUAACACGCUGCGCUCGUGGGAUACUACGUUUGUCUGUCAUUACUGUGCUUAACGGCCUGAAACGUUAUUAACACCGACAUGGCUCCGUUCAGCUUAAUGACAGCAGGUGUUAGCAUGUUGGCUAAGUCCUUCAGUGUCUUCUCCUGCACAACUGCUCUGGCAAGGUGUACCAGUGUCCUCCCAUCUACAUACAUCAACCCAGUGAAAUAUCUGACCUCUCAGACCAGCGGCCCUCCCAAGAGACCUCUGAAUGGAUACAUGAGAUAUGUUCUGCAACAGCAUCCGAUCGUGACCAGACAAAACCCAGAAACCAAACCAGUGGAUAUCACCAGGAGAAUUGCCCAGCAGUGGAGAACACUGAGCCCUGAACAGAAACGGCCGUUUCAGGAAGCCUCCCAACGGGCCAUGGAACAGUUUAAGAUGGAACUCCAGCAUUACCAGGCCCAGCUGACCCCAGCACAGGUCAAACAACAAACCCUGGAGAAAAGGCAGAAAUUGGCCAAGAGGAAGGCCAUCCGCAAAAAGAGGGAGUUAACCAGCCUCGGGAAGCCCAAACGCCCUCGUUAUCCAUUCAACAUUUUCAUGUCAGAGCAUUUUGAGGAGGCCAGAGGAACCACCUCACAGGCAAAGAUGAAGUCACUGUUGGAGGACUGGAAGAAUCUGUUCAGCCAUCAGAAACAGAUCUACGUGCAGCUGGCUGAGGACGACAAAAUUCGUUACAAGAACGAGAUAAAGGCAUGGGAGGACCACAUGGUAGAGAUUGGACGAGAAGACCUGGUCCGAGAGCGGAAAAAACCUGCUGCUAAAACUCCAGUGGCCAAGACCGGAACAAAGAAGGCCAAGGCUAAAGCAGUGAAGAAGCCCGCUGCCACAGGAAAGUCCAAAACAACGACGAGGUCGACAAAAAGUAGCUCUGCAAAAACUGUGUAAGAUGUGUUUAUCUACUGAGUCUAAAGGCAGAAAGUGUCUUCAUCACAAGUGGAGAGUUUUGGUGACCCCGGGCUGUGAUCUGCUUGGUUUUUUCCCUCAAGAAGUUGAAAACCCCAAGAAGUUCCCAGUUGAUAUGAAUGCUUCUUAGGUUCAACAGGGUGUAAAGCCUUGACAGCAUUCAGAGAGAUCAUGAUCAUUUUACAACAUCCUGUUAAUGCCUCUGUUCAGUGACAAUGACACCAUAUAAACCCUGAGAGCAGGAGUUUUGAAGGGGUGGUUCAAUCCCAAAUGUUGUAGAAAGUGAAUUAGUUGAUGAAAUGGAAUGAUUUCAGAAACUUUAGACAUUUCAGUGAGGUACUAAAGUGAUUACAGAGCCACAGGUGUGUUGAUAUUUUUCUGUCUGCAGUGUUUAAAAGGUUUCACAGCCCUGAGUGUAACCACAGUGGAAUAUAAAGGUUACUUUGCCGUCCUUUUCUAUUUUUGGUAUUUCAUAAAGAGUACUCAUUGAAGAAUAAGUUAAGUAUUUUUCUGUACUUGUCUUCCCAACAAAUCUAUGAAAAGACCCAAACCACCAAUGUUAGUCUGUCUUUCAAUACUCCACUGUCUGUGAUCUCAGCUGCAGUCCCAUUCAUUCCUAUGAAAACCUUUAAAAACAACUCACAAAUAGUUUCUUUUUUGUUAAUGGCUGGUCAGUUUUCUAGAAAGAGCUGGUCACUAGUUUUUAGCAAAAAGGAGGAAGUAUCAUGGGUUUCGAUGAAAAUAAGAAUGUAGAGUAACAGCAGCCUUAUCCUUUCCGGCGUGUACGUCACCUGUGGAAGAGUGCUCAAUGACUCAGUAAGUUUCUCCUCUGAGGAAAGUGCCAUUGGUUGUAAAUGUACAGAAAGACAGUACCAUGGCUCCCAUGAUUGCAACCUGACUGAAGUCUCUGUCAUUGCUGUUAUUUAAUGUAGCAUGUACACAACUGCAACAUCAAACUGUGAAUCCCACUCUGUCUUUUAUGGCAUAAGUAAAGUCACUGAUUGACAUUUUGUUUUUUUUAAAUACCAAAAGGUCUAAACUUUGCUUUGCUCCAGUCCAGCUUUAAAUGAGAUGCUUUUUGUUCUGUUAACAGCUGUAAAACACAAAACCCUGCUAUGGUUGAAAAUAAAAUUAGCUUUUUUUCCCCUCUG